CUGCCCAGUAGCCACAAGCCCUCGUAUAGAUACCUACGCUCAGGGCCGAACACCACGGUGAAGGAAUCCAACCAAGGCCGGAAAUCAGCGUUAUUGAUAGGCAUCAACGAAUACACCUGCCAAGGGCUGGCCGACCUGCGCGGCUGCCUCUCCGAUGUGGCUACCACCGAGAAAUUCCUCACUGAAGUUGCAGGCAUCUCCAACAUUAACAAGCUCACCUCCCCGCGGGAUCCAUCCAACGACCUCCUCCCAACCUUGGACAACAUCGUGUCAGAGUUCGAGACCCUCGCCCGCGGCGCCCAGCCCGGCGACUUCAUCUACAUUCACUACUCGGGCCACGGCUCCCGCCUGAACACCGCCUUCCGAGACCUCAAGGGCGAGCACGUGGCCCUUGACGAGUGCCUGGUCCUUGCCCGCAGCGACGGCAUGGUCGAAUGCCUCCGUGAUGUCGAAGUUGCGUUUUUGUUGAAGCAGAUAGCCGACAAGGGCGCGACGGUCACCUUCGUGCUCGACUGUUGCCACUCAGGCGGAGCCACGCGGAGCGACGACGGGGUGCGGGGGUCCAACGAGAUCCCGAACCAGUUCUUUGCCGAUUCGAUCCGGAAGCGCAUCCAGUCUGCGAAGGAUCUAGGAGAUGCCUGGAGCCUGCCCCGGAACGUCGGGAACGACGGGGGCCGCAGCGCGAGCGUGGUGCAGCACUGGAUGACGGCGUCCAAGGGGAUCAACUUUUUCGCUGCGUGUGAUCCGCUGCAAAAGGCAAAGGAGGUACCGGUUGAGGCGACGGUGCGGAAAGGGCUGUUCACGGAGUGCCUCGCCAGCGUCCUUAACGCGCAAAACGGAGGGGCAGAUCAGCUCAGCUGCGAUGCCGUGUCCAACCUCGUCGCGCACACGCUCGAGACACGCCAGCGGAACGAUACGCGGGAGAAGCAGGACGCGGUGUUUGGCGGCCAGGGCGACUGCCUCUUCUUUGGUGUUGAGAGCGUGGUGCAGCCCGCCGUGGUCGUCACCAGCGUCGAGACGUUGCGUGAUGUCUUCGCCAUCUAUCCCAUCGGCAGAACGUUGGCCAGCCUUGCUGACUACACGGCGCCGCUGGCCACCUGUAUGGUGACUUCUGUGGAGAGCGUCACCUGUGAAGCGCACACUCAACCGAGCCCUGCCAACCUCGAGCAGGUCCAGCGCGACUGCGUGGCCGUUAGUCUGCGCAGCAUCUUGGAGGACCACGUCCUGCGGCGCAAGGGGCUCUGGGUUUCGGCUGAGGACGACAGCACGGAGCCAGUAGUCCAGAAAGUCCGGGACUAUAUUAGCCGCGAGAGCAAGCUUGUCCAGCUCAAAGACGCCGGCGAGGCCUUUUUCCGCGUGCUGGUGCGAAAAGAUGACAACUUCACCAUUUCCUUCGUCCCAAACCAAUCCGAGGCCGAGGUCGGAAUCACAGGAAAGCCUGAAGACGUGCUAUCCCACCUAGAACACCUCACAAUUUUCUACAACCUCUUCGACCUGGCCAAAAACAACGCAACGCAGCAAGGACUAACAGUCAGUAAAAUCGGCUACCUCGACAAGGGCGUCAGACCCCCCAAUCCGCAUGGUUCCGGACUCAACGAACCCUACUACCCACCGACGGACCUCAAACCCGUUCCGCUGGACUCAGUCGACAUUCUGGCAGGCCAAAGUCUAGGUAUCGAGGUGCGAAACAAGUCGAUGGACAGCGUGUACGUCGAGUUCCUGGACCUGGAGCCGUCGUGGCGUGUGAUGUGGACGUUUCCCAGGCCGCGGGCCUCGCUCAUCCUGACGCCGCCUAACGCGGCGACGCGCUUUUUCAUCACGAUGGGGCCGUCAGAGAAGGUGCGCGACGCUACCCAGCCCGACACGUUCGACCGGUUUGUCGUGCUGGCGACGACGAGGAACGGCGUUAAUUUUCCUGAUGAAGUCCUUCCGAUGCUGGGCCAGAGAGAGGGGACGCCGGCUGUCCUGAGGCCUCAAGAUGGGGAUGAUGGGAGGGCCGGGUAUGGUUUGGACCAGCCGGGAUGGUAUGUGCAACAGCUGGAUGUGCGGGUGAUUGAGACCUGGACGUGUGGCAUGACGCUCGAGGACUGCGCUGACGGUACUUGUUAUGAGGGCAUCUGCCCCGGCCACACCGUCUACACCACCGACGGGAAGUGCAGCCUGGCACAUGGAAUGCAGCAGUGUGCCGGUAAGUGGGGAGACUGUUGCAACAUGGACGGCGAGUGCGGCACCGGCACCGACUUCUGCGGCCUGGGCAAAUGUCAACUCGGCAACUGCACCACCUCAGCGCUCCCGCCGCAAGGCACCUCGAUGCCGGUGUUCUCUUUUAACUUCCCGCCGGGAAUCCCCGGCACACCUACGACGGCGACCGCAAUGGCUACAGGCACGACGAGCACGUGCCGCCAGAACAUCUACGUCAUCCGCGGCCUCUUCAGUCUGUACGGGGCACGAGAGCUGAGGGAGUGUCGGACAACUUGA